AUGGCGGUGCGUGCGCGCUUUUCUCCCUCCCUCUCCCUCCCUCUCUCUGCCGCACCGCCGUGGCCGUAUGAAAAGUUGUUUCCAGAGCUAGCCAACUCCCCUGACAGUCGAGUUUCGGUGCUGGCUCGCCACAUUUGUCACUUUGCGCGUCUCAGCAAGAGCGUGCACCUGGGCUUGUGGGCCAGCUCAACCGUUUCGCGCAAAACGACGCGUUAUGCACCAAUCGAUCUGGGCCCCCAAGAUUCGCGACUGCUGGGACUGGAUGAAAAUGUCCGACAAGAGCUACUCGAUUUUCAGCCCUCGUCCCCGCUGGAAAAGCGCCUGUUUCUACACCUCAGCCGCCUGUAUGCUAAAAAGCCUUCGCUCGGGAUGAAGCGUGUUGGGCUGCUGGAACAAAGCGCGGAAGCUGAAUCGGGCGACAAUCGACAUCAAGCUCGACGGCACUUGCAAGUAUCCGGCUUUCUCACUCGUUUGGGCAUGAGUUGCUUGCCAUUUCUGUCCAUCCUGCGCCAAGCACACACCGAAGCCCAUGAGGCGCACCGGUUACCCGAAGCUUUUGAACCAGUCCCACCCGCGGGCCAGGACGAUGAGGCGAUUGUCAGCGAACUGGUGUACUACGCGCAUAGCUAUGUCAUGAGUUUAUAUCUUGCCGUGCAGCAAUUCGCAUCAGACUCUAGCCGUGCACAGCUGAGUCACCUGGUGCGCCCGGAUCAGCAAGCCAAGGUUUUACGCGUAGUGACCAAGCUGUUAUGCACGCUCCUUGACCGAUGGGAGGCUGAAAAGGAUGGCCACGCCACCCCGAGCUCAGAUCACCUUCCUAGCAUCUGGCGACUGCUAUCUAGGGAUGAUGUCAAUGCUUUUGAAUGUCUGAUACGGGAGCGUCGGGCGGUACAGCAUGACGUCUCUGUACGUGUCUGGAACAAGGAACUGGCCAAUGAAGCCGUGGGUCUGAAAAUGCAUCUUCGGCCAGACAUUGUGACUUACUUUCGGCAACUCUACAACGGUCAAGCGGUCCCCCCAUCCACCACAACUGCCAUGUCGAUGGCGCCCGUAUCAGCGCUCGCACCCGCAGCAGUUGUUGCAGCUCAACCCCUGGGGCGUACGGAAGCCGCAGGCACGGAUACGACGGCGGCGACAGAGCCGACCCAGAUGCAGUUGCGCAAGCGUGGGAGUACCAGCAGCCCCCUCGAUCAAAGGGCAGCCUCUGCUGCAUCAAGUGCGGCGGAGGAGGCAGCGAGCACGCAGCGGUAUCGUCCUCUGAGCGCCAAGCGACCGGCAACAAGUGUGGCACAAGAGCGUGGGGCGGAGCAGGGUAUGGGAGACCCUCUUGGUGCUGGUGGACAUGAGCGUGACGACUUGCUUCGCCAUUUUAUGGAGUUUUGCACCAAGCAGGCAGAGUUGCAGCGUCAACACGAGCGCGAGCGGGACGAGCGGACUGAACGAGCCCGUCAGCUUGAAUUUGAGCGUAUGAGAGCUGAGCGCAAGGAGGAACGCGAAUUUCAGUUGAGGCUCGUACGCGAGAUGUUCAUGCUCAGUCAGCAGCAGGCCAACAACCCGGCAGCCACACCCAACAUGCCACCUUAG